UCGCUGGAAAUUUAAACCGCACGAACCCCUCUCCUUUUUCCUCUAACGUCUUCGCAGAGAAAUUGGUGGCAACGUGUCAUUGAGCCGCAGCCCCCGUUUUCGACAGUAGAAUCUCGUCAAAUCUGUGAAAUUUACUUCCACCAUAUCCGCACUUAACCAUCUUCGUCCUUCGUGCGGCACUUGCACUCUCGCCACUUCAUCCGCACCGUCUCCUCCCAUCUUUUGGAAGCGAAGGGAAGGACAGCGGAGAAUUCAUUGGUGGAGGAAGAAGAUACCGGAUCAUCAAACUCAUCGUCUCUUUGGUCUCGUUUUGUUGAACAUUCGAUCCAAGCGAGCCAGCGACCACGAACAAGGCUGGAUGGAAUGGUGACUGGCGGUUUGUUCUCGGGUGUUUCUGAAAUUUGUUGGUCGUGAUUGGUUGAUGUUUUUCUAGCAUUUCUGGGGGAUAAUCGAGAGACUGUUGUCUCUCCGAGCAGGGAUCAUCUCCGAUUUCGAUUUCGAUUUCUUUAGUGGCUGCUAGCGGUGCAAGAAUCCGAUUUUGUGGUUUUUCUCUUCGAGUUAGAUGAGCCGAGCUCAGAUGGAUCCGAGUCACGGCCCGCUCAAACCCUCCGAUUCCAAGUCUCUCUUCAUCCCGGAGGGGCCGCGCAAAGUCCUCGCCCUCUGUUGGAGAAUCACGUUGCUGAGUUGCCUCGCCGGGUCGAUCUCCCUCGUGCUCUACUCGGCCUUCACCACCCGCGAAACUCACUGGCUCCGUCUCCCGGAAGGCCCCCGGCCCCGAGCCCGAGUCCGCGGACCCAACGGAACCGGACCGACCAACAUCUCCCACAUCCUUUUCGGCAUCGGAGGCUCCCUCCGCGCGUGGCGUGACCGGAGCCGCUACUCGUCCCUCUGGUGGGAUCCGAACUCAACCAGGGGAUUCGUGUGGCUUGACAAGGAGCCCGAGGAGAAUUUCUCCCGGCCCGGGGGCUCGAUCCCGUACCGGGUGUCCGAGGACGCGACCCGGUUCAAGUCCUCGAGCUCCAAGUCUGCACCCCGCAUAGCCCGGAUCGUCCUGGAGAGCUUUAGGCUCGAGCUGCCCGACGUGAGGUGGUUCGUGAUGGGGGACGACGACACGGUAUUCUUCCCGCAGAACUUGGUCACGGUGUUGGCGAAGUACGAUCACCGUCAGAUGUGGUACAUCGGCGGCAACUCGGAGAGCGUGGAGCAGAACCUGAUGCACGGGUACGGCGUGGCCUUCGGCGGUGGCGGGUUUGCCAUCAGCUACCCGCUGGCGGCCGAACUGGCCGACAUGCUCGACGGCUGUCUGGACCGGUACUCUCAUUUCUACGGCUCCGAUGAGAGGGUUUGUGCGUGCGUACAGGAGGUGGGCGUGCCCCUCACGAUCGAGCGCGGAUUCCACCAGAUUGACAUUAGAGGAGACGCGUAUGGCAUUUUAGCGGCACAUCCAGUGGCACCCCUCGUGUCGCUCCAUCACCUGGACGAUGUGGAUCCGAUACUCCCGCACCGGACCCAGAUCGACGCGCUGAAGGCCUUGAUGGAACCAUACCGGAUCGAUCCAGCCCGGAUUCUCCAACAGAGCUUUUGCUACGCAAAGCGAAAGUGGUCGGUAUCUAUCUCGUGGGGUUACACGAUCCAGAUUUAUCCGUCGCUGGUGACGGCGGACGUGUUGGAAAUGCCGUUUCAGAUGUUCAAGACUUGGAGGUCAUGGGCUGAUGGCCCGUUCGCAUUCAAUACCCGGCCUGUGAGCCCCGAUCCAUGUAGCCAGCCGGUUAUCUAUUUCGUGGAUAGGGUUUGGGAGGUGGGUCGGACCGGGUCUUUGACCACUUAUGAGAGAUCCGAUUUGAAGGGAGGCAGAGGCUGUAAGAGAGCAGAUUACGCUCGGGUGUUGGCAGUGCAGAGUAUUGCAGUCUCGUCCAUGAAGAUGGGCCCAGACUAUUGGAAUAAGGCGCCGCACAGGCAGUGUUGCGAAAUCAUGGAUCGGGGAAGCAUAAAGAGUAGGAGCAUGCGUAUUAGGGUCAGAAAGUGUAGAGCACAUGAGAUGAAAGCAUCCCCGUUUCACCAUUAGCAACACAGAUUGAUCCCAUGUAGCACAUAAAGACGAGUCUGAACGACUUAGAGAGAUGUCGGGAGAGCAAUGGGAUAUAUGCAAGUUCGGCUGAUUGUUAGGACACCGACUUCUCGGACAAAUUACGUCCUACGAUGAGAGUCAAAUCUCCUGUACGAUGAGUGAUGGUUGCCUAGGAGUAUUUGACAUUGUUUUCUAUCUCGACUCUUCGUCCUUUAGUCUUUAGUCGUGGGGGAGUUCCCGUUCGGCCAAUGCGAGAUCCUUUUCUUUGUGUCGUGUC